UUCAAUAAUUGGUCUAAACAUUUCGUAUAUAAGGUUAUGUUUUAAAAUAAAAGAACAUUACUAAAAAGACAGUAAAUUGUGUACACAAUCAUGCUUAGUGCAAUAAGAAAUAGUUUGAGAUUUUCUGUUAAUAGUUUAGUAAGAUCGUUUCAAACCUCCACCCCAGCAACAACAGAGAGAUUCGAUCACAAGAGAAUCCCUGCAGACGACGAAGGUGUUCAGGGGGAAAAAAUUAUCGAUCUAGACUCAGUUUUAAAAGCAAAACAAGGGCUAUUCCCAACAUUGGAAUCAGAUAACCUGUUAUUUGAUGGUGUGCCAUACAAAGAUCUAUCUAUAUGCAAUAUCAGAGUGAGUCACAACAACACAAUAUUCACUCUUACGGACCAUGAGGGGAAGGUGAAGCUGAUCCGGUCCUGCGGCAUGGAGGGGUUUAAGAAUACCAAGAAGGGGACCAAUAUUGCUGCACAGACCACUGCAAUCAGUAUAGCAACUAAAGCUUUAAACAGAGGGGUCAAAAAUAUUAGAGUCAGAGUGAGGGGUCUUGGACCAGGAAGAUUGUCGGCAGUCAAAGGACUUCAGAUGGGAGGUUUACAAAUCAUUUCCAUUACUGACAACACUAGAGUAUCGUGGAAUCCUCCCAGACCAAGGAAAGCCAGAAGAUUGUAAAUCUGUCAAUUCAUACAAUGUUGUUUUAGUAAUUUAGUUUUUAAAAAUAAAAGAGUUAUUUAUACAAA